GCAGAUUCUGACCGCCACUUUAACGGCAGAGGGAGUGCCUUCCUCUAAGAUCCGCAACUUCGUGGCCUUCAGACCGUCUAGUUUCACCGCGCGACGAGGCAUCUACAAUGCCUUGAUAAAUGGCAUUAGCGGCAUCGAAUAUAUCAGCUUGGUUUUCUUGCUUACGGUGACCGACGAAUCCACAAAGAAUGUGUUGCCGUCAUCAGGAUGGGACAAGUCCUGCAAGCCGCUUGAGAGUGAAGUCAGAAUGAUCGAUGCCGUUGAUCUCAUAGCCAGCGUCUCGAUGCCAAGUAGGGUGAAGUUCACUGUGGCAGUCAGUCUGCGCUUCGACACGUUCGACAGCGUAGGCAUAGCUGAUUUAGGCCACGGUGACGUUGAUGUGAUGCUCUCAAGCCGUCACUCUGCCGGCUUUUACGAAAGGGAAUGCGAAGACUUCUUCCAGCAUGACCCCAAGGUCAAGUCCGCAGUAUACUUCGGUGGUGGAGGCUGCAUGUUCGCCCCAAAGCAUGGCACACGCAGCGUGGUGUCCUUCGAAACGCCCGGCACAUUGCGAAACAAGAUGGUCGCCGUCUACCGCCGCCUGGGCUGGAGUCUAACCGCGGCGUACGUGAUUGGCUGGAGUGUUUUCAACGUUACGCGAGGUCUUGCGCCUCAGCAGUGCAACGGGCCUGACAAUAGGAUCAAACAAAUCCGCAAAGUGCUCGACAACAACAUUUGACAGGCCUCCGGCGAAUCCGUGGUUCUGCACUCCACAUACGGUCUACCAGAUCGGCCGCGUUCAACGGACCAUACCAGGAAGGGACAUGUUUGGGACAUGUUUUUUUUUUAAGUGACCUUCUCGAGAAUGUCAUUACUGUGAAUAAUUGUUUCGUUUCGUAAAACACUUGCCCCGUUUAAGGUGCGAAUGACUUGCUGUUUGAGGUCCAAGUUUGCACGUUGAUUAGGCUUGUGCGAAUAGUGAAUUUUAGGUUCGAAGCGAAUUCAAAGCAAAUAGUGAUUUUGGUCGAAUAAUUUUGAAUCGAAUUCUAAUGGUAUGUAUGACACAUAAAAAAGGGGGAACAUUUAACCUGCACAAUAUUUCUUUUGAAUUGAAAUACGGGCUGUAUGCAAAUGCCAUUUUAUGUGUUCAAAGGAAGUCUAAACUUCCUUCAGUAGUAGUUGCCAUAGGAUGCGGGUGAUGCAAAUGUAAA